UUUUCUUUACAGCUGAUUGUUUGUUGUUUGGUGUUAUAUACAAUUCAAAAAGCCAAAUGCUUGCAACGUGUAGCUGGGUACAUCUCUUAGAACCAACAAUACUAAUUCCAUACUAAUUCUACAAAACAAAUAAUGGAAAAACGCCAAGAAGCAUUGUGGGAGGCACUUGCUAAGAAUGAGGAAGAAACAACACGCUGGAAGAAUUACAAAGACGAAAAUGGUACAGCAGUUGAAAACCUAGAUAGAUUUAGUAAAAAUCUCACUGUAGAUGUUAUGGUACCAAUAGGGCGUAAGGCAUAUAUGCCAGGUCAGCUUAUCCAUACAAAUGAAGUGCUUGUAGGGCACUAUCAAAACUAUUUCUCUAAAUGUUCCGCACAUAAGGCAAAAGAAAUUGGUGAAUACCGGAUUAAAAUGGCACACGAAAACUUGGAAAAAUUGCAAACUGAAUCAAAUUUAUGGAAGAAUAAGUUGGAUAAACCAUAUACCGAAGGAGUGUUUCCAAGCAAAGAAGAUUAUGAAAUAAUUGAAAAUUAUGAUGAGGAAAAAGAAAUGAUAUGGCGAGAACAACAUAAAGUACGCGUAAAGCUAGCUAAAGAGCGAGAGAAAGAAGAAAGGCAAGCGAAUAUUUCAAAAGUUCCAAAUGCGAAUAAAGCAAAAGAUUCGUCCGACAUAAACGUUUUUAAAAUGCUUGAAGAGGCUGAACUUAUGGAGGAAUUAGAGAAUGAAUUGGAAAGAUUAGAAAUAGAUGACAUCAGUAAUGACACGAUAAAGGAGUUAAUGAACGGGGAAAUGAAGUUACCAGCGGAAAAGCCACGUGUGGCUCAUUCGGCGAAAAUUCAGAAACAAACCGAAACACAAGCAAAUUGCGAAAAAUCUGACAAUAAUUUUGAAAAAGAUCUUCAGCGGAUUGUAAAGAAGACCGAUUUAGACAAGAAUAUAGUCCGAACAAAUAACAAUCAUAGACCAAAUCCAGAGAUGAUCGAUGCAAACAUAAAUACGGAAGAUUUAGAUGUUGAUUUUGAGGAACUACCUCGUGAGGUACAAAUUAUCAAAGAACAGGCAAAGUUUUUGCCUGUCAUAGAUCAGAUUGGUUUUUAUGAAUAUCAAAUUAAAAUAAUGCGUCACAAACUUUUAACAUUACCACUGAAUACUCAAGAGGAUAUCGAUCAAAAGGUGAAUACUUUAAAUGUUUUAGAGACAUUAGAAGAAUUACUUGAAAUGGCUGAGGAUAAUGCUGAAUAUCAAGCAGAAGAUAACAUUUCAAAAGAAAAUGAUUCAGAUCUGGAAGAAAUGUCAACUACAAAACAGGAAACUAACAAAGAAAAACCAAUCAAACGGCGAAUUUCUUUUGCUCUACAAAACGAGACACUCGAAUUUCGGAAAAACGAAACAAUUUCCCAAAUGCUACCCAAAUCGCAACAGAAGCUAAAGGAAGUAAUUAAGCAUGAUAAAUAUGAAUUAAACCCUAAUAUUUCUAAAACUAAUGCAGAUACAAAAAUAAAUGAUCGUAAAAAAAAUAUUAUUGAUAGAGUGGAACAAAAUAUAAGAUUUAUUGCAGAAAAUCAAAGCACACGAGAUUUUCAAUUGGUUGAUAAAAUUUUGGAACCAUCUUUAGCUGGUGUUUAUACCUUGCACAUACAUUUCCAACAUUCCGAAAACUUGCAAAACGACACAAUAUUAAAUAGUGAAAACUCUGAAAUCAUCACUAUUCCUAGCACACCCGCCGACUUAUAUCAAACAUAUCUAAAAAAUAAAGAAAAACAAAGUGAGGAUAAAAACAAAUCUACUACACAGCAGAUAAUUUUUGCUAACGCUUAUAAUGGUGAGGAUAAAGUUAAAGUACCUCUAUUAAAAGAAGCAGAUCGGUUACAGUCUUACGAGGAUCAACGUAUGGAGUUCUGCAAGCCUACUACGGAGACCAAGUCAAUUUUAAGAAAUAAAUCUGCAGUUGAAAGAGAGCAACAUAAAUUGGAUCGUAAAAACAGAGCCAAAUCUAAUAAAAAAGAAUCGAAAAGGAAGAUGGCAAUUCCAGUUGAUGAAGAGGAAUACAUGAGUGCUUAUUACAAGGUAAUGAACGAAGUUAUUGAAAAGCCUCUAACUGAACCGGAACCUCUACCGGAAUGUAAAUAUAUUGAUGCGCAUACUCCGAAAAAACGAAUAAGUCACUUCAAACAAAAUCGCAGAGUAACAGAAAAAAUUUAAUAAAUGUAUUCAAUUUAAAUAAAUAAUUAAGUUGUAAAAUUUA